UUUACACCUGAUGCCACAUUUGCUCAUUUUUUUACUUUUUUGUCAUUACACGGUUUUUUAAACUUUUUUAACUUUUACAUUUUUCAAUUUUAAUUUUCAAAAAGUUUCAUAAUUACAAAACUACCUUUAUCAUGCUUUUGUCAUCUUCCUUCCUUACACACGUUCACGCACGCCACCUCAUAACUCCUUUUUUCUUUUUCUUUUUUGAAUUUUUCUUUUCUCUGCUUCUUCUCGUCUUCAAACCGUUGCUUCCCACGAUCACCAUUUUCAAGCCCUAACCCAUUUCUUCUUCCCACGAUCACCUUCUCCAAGCCCUCACCCACGUUUUCCUCAACCUACAUUGUCAUCCUCCCCUAUUUUUUUUCUAUAUAAAUGGCAACCACUAGAAGUGGUUCGAAAUCACCAUCUCCGGCCAAGAAACACCCUAAAAAAUCUAAGAAGCCUCCAACUGUUACUUCCAAAGUCGAAGCUAAGAUGGGGUUAAAAAAAAUUGCUAAGAAAUUAGUGGGUGAUGUUCCAGAGACAUCGGGCACUAAGAAAAGAGCCCUUCCAGUUAAGGUCGAUGCUCCUAAGCCUAAGAGAGCAAAAAUUUCCAAGUCUGCACGCGAUGUUUCCUCAGAUUCUGAUUUUGAGGAUGAAGUGCAUGCUGAGGACCAAAAGCCUAAACUUAAAUCGAAGGUCCAUGUUAGGACCUCAGAGAAGGUUGAAGGUUUUGACUUACCAAAGAAAAAUCCCCCUAAGGAAUGGGAUUAUAUUUAUGACCAGAAGAAUCUCUUCAUUGCGAAAGCCUUUUCGACUGCUACUUUCCAGGUGAUAGAGAACAUUAAGUCUUGUCUUUCAGAUGAACAGGUUGAAAUGUUUUCCAAAACCUGUUUUGGACAUUUCCUUAACUUUCCUGAUUUUAAAGUUCAACCGCAAGUGUUUCAUGGGUUGUUGCUGCGGGAGGUUCAGCAACCUAAUGAUGCUGAGUUGUGGGUAAUGAUACGCGGUGUUAGGCUUAGGUUUAGCAUUGAGGAGUUUGCUUUGAUUACUGGUUUAGACUGUGAAGGUGACUGUAGUGUUUUAGAUUUUAAGCAAGACGUUAAUAGUCUUUCUGAAAAAUAUUGGCCAACUUCGUCCUCUAUCACUAAGGAAUCUGUUAGGGAAUGUUUUACCACCAAGAGGUGGGGUGAUUCUGAUGAGGAUGCUGUGAAGUUGACAGUUUUGUAUUUUGUGGAAUGGUUCUUCCUUAGUGGCACUAAGCAUAAAAAUGUACCUAAGUCUAUUUUAGAUGUUGUAGACAGUGGGAGGUACAAUGAAUUUGCUUGGGGACGGAGUUCUUUUGAAUUGACUAAUUCCUCAUUGAAGGGUAAGCUUGACAGUUGGGUUGAAGGUGUUAGAAAGGCAAGGAGUUCAGGAAAGAGGCAGAGUGUGUUUUACACUUUGAUUGGUUGUCCUCAUGUUUUUCAAAUUUGGUUCUAUGAGUGUUGUAAGUACAUGAAAGGUAUAUCUGCUAGUUGUAAUUUGGUUUUUUAG